CACGGGAAACUAACUUCAGCUGGACCAGAGCUGUGUGCCCUUGGUCAGAUCGACGUUCCCUUCCACUCCUUGCUUUCAUCUCAAGGUCACUCAAUCAGGCGCCUAGGUACCUUUUCAUAUUUACAAAAAUAUCGACAUCAAGCUGGGCUUGCUGCCAUUUGAUCUUCUGUUUGUCGAUAGGUGUUUUGAUACUACCGAUUGAGCGACGAGUUCCUCCACGCAAUCAUGGCACCCUCAAUAGAGGGGAUGCGCGACGUGACCCCGUACUUUCUGUUGUUGUUGAUCGUAUCCGCCCUUGGACCGCUGCAAUUCGGCUUCCACUUGGCCGAAUUAAACGCUCCCCAGGAUGUAAUCACCUGCAAGAAAUCCUCCAUCUGGGCCGUCGGCGCCGCGAUCCGCUCAAUCCUAGGAAGCAGCGCCAGCACCGCAGCCAAGACUACCGACUGCAUUCCCAUGACCGAGGCCGCUUUCGCAACCAUCUCCUCCAUUUUCACCCUCGGUGGGCUGGUCGGCGCGCUCGCCUCCGGACCCCUCUGCAGCCGCCAGGGGCGACGACUCGCGAUGCAAUACACCGCCGUGGCGUUCCUGAUCGCCUCCGUUGUCGAAUCCGUAGCCAACAGCGUUUUCGUCAUGGCACUCGGAAGACUGAUCAACGGUCUGGGUGCCGGCGCUGCCACCGUCAUCGUCCCGCUGUACAUUUCGGAAGUGGCACCGCCGGGCAAGAGGGGUUUCUUUGGCGCGUUCACGCAGAUCGGCACCAACAUUGGCAUCUUGAGCACGCAGACUCUCGGAUAUUUCCUGUCGCAUGGCUCUUCUUGGAGGUGGAUCAUGGGUGCAGGCGCCAUCGUUGCGGGCAGCCACACCGCAGGUCUCUUUUUUGUCCCGGAGAGUCCCCCUUGGCUGGCUGCGCAUAAGGGAGAGGUCAACAAGGCGCGGGAUACUCUGCAAAGGAUCCGCGGCAAAGGCGCCAACAUUGAGGAGGAGGUCGCGACUUGGGGCUCCCACACAGAUGACGAUGAUGUUAUUGUUAACGAGAGGCAGGGCCUGCUGGCAACCGGCGCCGACGCCGAGACUGCCCUGCCGUCGCCGCGUGCCGUCAAGUCCAGCCCGCCGGUACACAUGGGUUUCGUUCAGGUUAUUCGGGAUCCCUUCUACCGUCCGGCAAUCGUGUCGGUCGUGGGAAUCAUGGUUUCACAGCAGAUCUGCGGCAUCAACAGCAUCAUUAUGUACAGCGUGUCGCUCCUGGAUGGCAUGCUUCCGGUCAACUCGGCCCUGAUUACCAUCUUCAUCUCGAUCAUCAACCUCUUCACGACUGUUGCAUGCUCGCCGCUGCCCGAUCGCCUGGGACGCAAGACCUGCAUUCUCCUCUCGAUCGCCGGGCAAGGUGGUAGCUCUCUCGGCCUCGCACUCAGCAUUCUCUUCGGCGCCAAGAUGCUAUCGGCCGUGUUUGUGCUCCUUUUCGUCGCCAGCUUUGCCGUCGGAUUGGGCCCUGUCCCCUUCAUCAUGGCCAGCGAGCUGGUCGGACAGGAAGCUGUCGGGGCGGUCCAGAGCUGGGCCUUGGCUGCCAACUACGUGGCAACGUUCCUCGUGGCGCAGUUUUUCCCCAUUAUCAACACGGCCCUGAACCAGGCUUUUGGCGGUGCGGGAUAUGCCUUCUUCAUGUUUGCCGCCUUUGCCGCCAUGUGCUUUGCCUUCAUCUCCGCCUAUGUGCCCGAGACGCUAGGCAAGAAGGAUGCCGACGAGGUUUGGGGCAGGACUGCGACGGACAGGCGGAUGGACUGAGUCCGUGACAGAGCGUUUUGAAUGAUGGGUCGGAUCCACUCGGUCUAUGAGAGCGUUUCGGGGGAAGUCGUAUAGCCUGGAGGUGAGACUAUGAAAUCGAAAUGGGAAAUGGGAAUACAGAAUGCCGGCAAGGAGUUUGGGUCUAAUGGGGUUUUACUGUGUGGGUUUUCUUAUCUGCGUUGGGUUUCUGGAUCUCUAGGAGCGUAUCGUCUCGACUGUGAUGUAUAACUACUUCCAGCCGAAUAAAAUGCCUUUGGGAUAGUUAGGCACGUUGCCGCACUACGCAAACAAUCUUGCGCUACGAACGGUUUCGAGCAGUAGCCCAGCGCCAGCCUUCACGCCGUCGAUAACAAAUACUUUUUCCUUAUCGCCGUACUCCUCCGUCACAACACUUCGAAUGAUGGCUUCCAGCCCGGCCAUGCCAGCGCAGCCCAUAACCACCACCCGGACUUUUGAGCUCUUGAGCAGCUUCCUGGUCGCAUCCUUCAGCUUCGCAUCGACCACUUCCUGCGGCACGCCGCCGUGGAAAUCCCCCGCGUUCAGCCCGGUCGUAUACACCCCCGCGAACCUAUUCGUCUGCUGCUGCC